GUUCUCCUUUUGCCUCAAAUUCCUCUCUCUUUGCCCCAAACUCAGCUUUUUCCUCCCAAAUUCAGUGCCUUUUACCCUGAAUUCUCUUCUUUCUGCCCGAAAUUCAGCACAUUUUGCCCCGAGUUCUCCUCUUUUUGCCCCAAAUUCAGCUCUUUCUGCCCCAAAUUCAGCCCCUUUUGCCCUCAGUUCUGCAAUCUUCUUGCUCCAGGUCUCAGCACCGAGGGCAUCUACCGCGUGAGCGGCAACAAGUCCGAGAUGGAGAGCCUGCAGCGGCAGUUCGACCAGGACCACAGCCUGGACCUGGCCGAGAAGGACUUCACCGUCAACACGGUGGCCGGGGCCAUGAAGAGCUUCUUCUCCGAGCUGCCCGAGCCCCUGGUGCCCUACAGCAUGCAGGUGGAGCUGGUGGAAGCCCACAAAAUCAACGACCGGGAGCAGAAGCUCCACGCGCUGAAGGAGGUGCUGCGGAAGUUCCCCAAGGAGAACUACGAGGUCUUCAAAUACGUCAUCGGGCACUUGAACAAGGUGAGCCACCACCACCGCGUGAACCUGAUGACGAGCGAGAACCUCUCCAUCUGCUUCUGGCCGACGCUGAUGCGCCCCGACUUCAGCACCAUGGACGCGCUGACGGCGACCCGCACCUACCAGACAAUCAUCGAACUCUUCAUCCAGCAGUGCCCCUUCUUUUUCUACCACCGCCCCAUCCUCGACCCCCCCAGCGCCGCCCCCGCCUCCCCCUCGGCCGCCGUCCCCCCCCCCGGCGUCGUCCCCUUCGCCCCCAUCGCGGCGCAGCCGUCGCCCCCCAGGACCCCUCCGCCGUCGCCGCAGUCGCCCGUCCAAGCGCUCCUCCCGGCCCCGCUCCACGCGGAGCAGCACUCGCUGUGAGCCCCGGGGGGGCGCGGGGGGGCGGCGUUGGUGGGUGGGAGAAACGAGGGGGAAAGAAAAAGAGGAACAAAGGAGAAAAACAAAACAGAAAGCGGAAAAAAAAAACAAAACCGACAACCACACCGUAGAGCUCGGCCCGGGCUCGGGCGCCGCUCGCCCUCUCCAUUCCCAGCGUAGACUUGUGGGGCCAGGAGGGGCUCCCGUGUUCGGGGCGGGGGGUGAGGAGCUCAGCGCUGGGCUUUGGGCUCGGACUCGGUGCGCUGAGCGGAGCCCAAUGGGGUGGGGGUGGCGGAGCCCCCGACGUGCCCGGGGAUGCCGCGGAGCGACGCGGCCCCGCCGCGUCUGACGUGGGGUGGUGCAGCCCGGGGCUCUGCUGGGGGGGUCCCACAGGGUCCGGUGCUCACCCGGCGUGGUCCUGCGCGUGCUCCGGUGCGGUGUGGUGCAGCCCAGGGCUGUUCCGAUGGGGUUGGAUGUGACCCAGGAUUUGUCCGCUGUCAUCCGGUGCGGCGCGGUGUUCGUCCCGUGGGCUCCAGGCUCCUCCAGCGCGGUCGGGUUUGUGUUCUGCUGUGGUCUGCUGCAGCCCAGGGCUCGUUUGACCCGACCCAGCGCUUCCCCGCCGUGGUCCAGUGCUCGUCCAGCUCAUCCGGUGUGAUCCAGGGCUCGUCCAACACGGCGCGGUGCGGUCCGGCGCUCAUCCAGCGUCACCCAGUGUUCGUCCAACUUGUGCAGUGUUGCCCAGUGUUCACCCAGCGUGGUCCGACGUGCAUGCCGGUGCGCUCUGGAGCAGCCCAGGGCUCUCCCGGUGGGAUCCGCCGUGACCCAGCACUCACCCGGUGUGGUCUGAUGUAGACCAGGGCUCAUCCAGUGUGGCCCAAUGUGAGUUCUGAUGUGUUCUGGUGCGGCCCAGGGCUCUUCCAGUCUGGUCCAGCGUGGCCCAGGGCUCUCCUAAUGGGGUCUGACGUGGUCCAGUGUGAUCCAGCGUGGUCCAGCGCUCAUCCAACACGCCCCAAUGCUCAUCCAACGCGCCCCAACGUUCAUCCAACGUGGCCCAGUGCUCAGAGCUCUUCUCAUGGGUUCUGAUGUGGUCCAGCGCUCAUCCAACGCGCCCCAGUGUUCAUCCAACGUGGCCCAGAGCUCUUCUCUUGGGUUCUGUUGUGGUCCAGGGCUCAUCCAGCGCGGUCCAGCGUGAGGUGUGAUGUGAUCUGACGCAGCCCAGGGCUCUUCUGAUGGGAUCCAGCGCGUCCCAGCACUCAUCUCGUAUGGUCCAACAUGAUCCACCAUGGUCCAGUGCUCAUCCGAAGUGGUCCAGCGUGAGUUCUGAUGUGGUCUGACACAGCUCAAGUCUCUUCCAAUGUGGUCCAGAGUGGUCCAGGGCACUUCUGAUUGGGUUUUAAGUGGGCUAGCACUCAUCCAGUGUGG